GGUUCGGGUUCGGGCAGUAUUUCUGCUUGCUUCUGCAGGGCUUGUUUGGCUGCUGAUCUGCAACCCAUCAGAGUUGGUCCUCUUCGGCUCCAGGAGAUCGGCGUGCCCCUGGUCCAGAAGCUGCUGGGGGAGACCGAGGUCGCUUUCGGCCCCGUCAACCUGCAAAGCCUCUCCACGCACCUCCACUCCGAGGACGCGCUGGAGCUUGUGAAGGAGCACACCCUGAGCGUCAUCGGAGAGUGGACCCACCUCACCAGGGACUUUAUGCUUGAGCUGGCGCUGGGUCAGGCUGCCGAGGUGUACCUCGCCUCCGCCCUGUUCGGCUACGCCCUCCGGCAGGCCGACGCCCGCUUCCGGCUGGAGAGGCUGCUGUCGCCCGCAUUCGGGUCCCUGAAGGACUACGCGGCCUCCUUCGAGCCAGACGAGGCCGAGCGGGCGAUGGCCAUCAACAGCCUGGAGGCAGAGGCAGCGCUAGACCGGCACGUCCAGGCCCUGUUCGGGGACGUGCGGCAGCUGCACCAGGAGCUCCUCGAGGCGAUCGGGCCGGAGGCCGCGGAGGCGGGCGCGGAGCAGGCGGAGGCCGCCUUGGCGCAGGCCGUGCGCAGGGGGGACGUGGCGUCCGUGCGCAUCUCCGUGGGGGACCUGCGGCGCCUGGUGCUCGAGGGGAUCGCCUUCGGCCGCCUGCUCGCGGACGCGGAGGCGCAGGUGGACGCCGUGCACAAGCUAUCGCCGACCGCCCACGGGUGCUGCCUCGGCAGCCGCGGCAGCUCGGGCGCCGGCGGCGUGGAGGCCUCGGCCUGGCCGCUCGGCUUCCAGAGGCUGGGCAGGUGCUCGAUCUGAAGAGCCUCCUGCUCGAAAGCAGCGCGUGGCUCGAGGAGGAGGAGGAG